GUUGCAUUUUAUGUACAUGCCCCAUGACUCGUGGCCUUAUUAGGGUUUAGAGAUCGCCGGCUGGCGGUUAUCCGCAAUGUCAAUUGCUUCUCCGUCGGCGCUCCGUCGAUUGCCGAGAGGUUCUUGCUCUAUUCUCCAACUGAAACUCAUCUUCCCCUUCCGUCGCUGCACUCCUCUCUUUGGUGCGGAUCGCAGAUUCCAUGGCAACCGAGACGGUCUAGGUUGCUGCCAUACUCUCAUGCGCUCUCCAGAAGUUCUGUUCAGAGCAUCAAGGUACUAUGCUCGAGAUCACAGGCAAUACGACCUCUUCAACAAUCGAAACCCUGGCGAUCAAGAAUUCAGAAGAGCAUGGGCACAAGAUGUGGAUGACGAUGAUAGCUUGUGGACAGCGAGUGACGAAGAUGAAGAUGACAGAAAAGUCGACAUCAAUCUCAACAAAGAAAUUAAAAAAUUAAAGAAGACUGCCAAGGAAAAUGCCGAACUUGUCGAUGCCGAUGACAGCGAUGAAUUAAGAAGUCUUUGUUCCGAAAGCGAUGAAGAGAUGAACCUUUGGAGCGGCACUGAGGAUGAUGACGAUGACGACAUUCCUACUGAGCCGCACCCGAACGAGCGGAGUGAUCCUUACAUCGACAAAUUGUUUGAUUUUGAAGCGACGCCGAAGAAUCGAACUUUUGCGGACAUAAUGGAUGCCGUCAAUGCUGAAGACAAACCUCCAGAGCUGUCUCCGGGACAACAAGCGAGAAAACUCGCCGUCGAGAAUGCGUUGAAGAAGUUGAAGAAAGGACCGGAUGGGCGCUACAUUAAUGUGUGGGAGGUAAUGAGUGAUGUAGACAUUCUUGUUGGGGCUUUUGAAAAAAUUGUUUCAGGUCCUGAGUAUGCAGAACUGCGUGAGGGUGGACCAAAAAAGUUAAAUUUGCAGUUUUUUAAGGAUAUACAGGCAAGAAUGAGAGACCCAAAAUUUCAAUUUUCUCCUGAGUUGAGGCUGAAACCAAAGAGCAAAUUAGUGUCAAGAAAAAAGUGGCAGAAAGUGCAAUCCAGAAAAAGAAAAGAUGAAAGGCGCUAGAAUGAGGAAGGUUUAUUGGCACCAUUUGAAGCUUUGAUGGCAAGUUGAAUGUAGUAUCAAGUUGUGAUCUCCACUAAAUGCUAGUAAGCAUAAAGAAAAUUUUGGCAAGCUACAAUUGUAAAGCCAAAUCCGCCUGAUUGAGGUUUAGGCCUUGAUGUAUAUGGGUUGAGUUUGAGUCCGAGGCUAAUCGGUCGGCUAAGAGGAAAUCAUCACAUCUAAAUCAUCACGAAAAGCUCUCCAAAAACAUCAAAGCAAGCAUGUUCGACAUUAGAGCUGUUGGUUUAAUGUCAUUGAGCAUCACAUUUGCUCGCUUAGCUCACCCAAGAUAGUCAGCCUCAAGGCCAAUCACACUUAAUCAUUCAAGGUACUUUUCCGAGUUACUCAUUAGAAUUAUGAGCCGAUGGCUUCAUUUGAAUUUGUUUCACGUGUGAAAUUCGAAGUACGUUGCUUAUGUAAUCAAAUAGUUGUAUGAU